UCGAGCCAAUGCCGCCAAUAACUUAUCAUGCUCCGGCACUGCACCGGCGGCGAAGCCUUGUCUGCUACGUUUUCCUCGUCAUACUAACCCUAAUUUUCAUCGUAGCUACAGGGUUUCUCAUUACCUGGAUCGUAACAAAACCCAAGAAACUUCAUUACACUCUUGAAAACGCGUCAGUCGAGAAAUUCAACCUAACUGACGACAAUCACGUGUCCGGUACAUUCAAAUUCACCAUCCGAUCACAGAACCCUAAUCACAGAAUCUCUGUCUACUACAACUCCGUCGAGAUAUUCGUAAAGUUCAAGGAUCAGACGCUUGCGUUCGACACAAUAGAGCCGUUCCACCAACCACGGAUGAACAUUACGCAGAUUGAUGACACGUUGGUUGCGCAAAACGUUCCCGUUUCUAAAUCCAACGGUAAGAAUCUGAGGGCUCAAACUUCGUUGGGAAAGAUUGAUCUUGAAGUGUAUGUCAAGGCGAGGGUUAGGUUUCAAGUCGGGAUAUGGAAGUCAUCACAUCGUACGGUUAAGAUUGAGUGUUCUCAUGUCACGGUCUUUUUGUCGAAUUCAAACCAAUCCCAAAAUAGUUCAUGUGAUGCUGAUACUUAG